AUGCUGACCUCCAGCAUGGACGAGGUGGUCUUGCAGACCAUGGUCAUCUGCGCCACGCCGGUGGGCGACAUUGAGAGCAUGCUGAUGGGAUCCAUGGCCGCGCCCAAGCGGGAAGCGAUCGGCGACGCCGUCAAGGGCCUGAAGAAGAUAGACUGCCUCACCGCGCAGGGGCACCUCACAGCGCUUGGCCGGGCGUGCGCUUCGAUCCCCGUGCAGCCGAACGUCGCGAAGAUGCUGCUGGUGGCGGGGGCGUUCCGCUGCAUCAAGACGGCGUCGGUGGUGGCCGCGUUCCUGAGCGUGAAGAACCCCUUUCAGCAGUCUCCCGGCCAGGGCGGCCCAGGGAGCGGCGCAGACGCGGGCAAGAAGACCGGCAAGGAGUACUUCAACAAGGGCUUCAACUCGGACCACCUGACGUCUCUCCAGGCUUAUGUGGAGUGGCGGCGGGCGGUCAAGGCUGGUCGCGGGGACGACUUCUGCGACGAGAUGGGCCUGAGCCCCGAAACGAUGGACAUGGCGCACAUGAUGGCACAGCAGUUCACAAGCUUCAUGAUGGAGGCUGGCUACGACGGCAACGACGUUCGCGAGGAGGAAGGGACUGCCCGGCGAUACGCCGUGGUUCAGAGGACGACGCCUUGUUGA